UUUAUCUGUGUCGAAGAAUUUCAUUAUCGUGAUAUUACAAUAAAUAUCUUUUUUUUAUCGUUUCACUUCGUAAUUCGUUUGUUUAAAAAAAAAAAAUGUUAAACAAUGGAGAGAUCCGAUUGGUCGUUGGAUGUCAAUGAGUCUAAAAAUGACAACGACAAUAAUUGGUCGACGUUUAAUUUGGCCAGUGAUAAUCAAUUGGAACGUGAAAAAAAUAAUAAAGUUGACAAUACGUCAAGAUCAACAUUUUUCAAUAAUAACGUUCGAUCGUUUGGCGAUUAUGUUGAAAAACACGAUUGGGUGGAAUGCAAAUCCAAAAGCAUUCCAGGUAAAACGUAUUAUUUUAAUUUAAGAAGUGGUUGUAGUACCUGGUAUAGACCGAUAUCACGUUACAUUGAUAUUCCAUAUUAUCCAGAAAGGGUGAGUUUAAACAAAGUACAAUGUUAUCUCUCGAGUCCAUCGUUAAUGAUAUCGGAUAGAAAAGACACGUCGUCGAGAAGGAUAAAGAAGAUACGUGACCGAACAGAAACGACGAAAAUAGUUUCCAACGAUUCGAAGGAUAAUAAAAUGUUAAUGAGAAAACCGGAAAGAAUUAUUUGCAAUAUGUACGGUGUGACCACGGUGAAUUACGACGAAGUUAGCGAACUUCCGCCAAAUGUGAAAAGAUCUAAUCUGAGUGACUCAACUAGCAUAGUAUCCUCCUCGACUACGGAAGAAAAUCGGUCUCGGUCGUCGAUCCUCGAGUGCUUCCUCGGCCAUGACGAUUUAUACGACAACAUUCUACCGCCAAAACUGAGCGAUUCAAAUUCUAGCACGUCUUCGUCCUCACGGACGUGCGAUACAUGUAGCUCUUGUAGUUGUACUCAAUCUGAUUCUACCCAAGGAUAGAUCGAUUCUUUUAUAUAUAUAUAUA